AUGGAUAAGGUAUCUUCGAACCUUCAUUAUUAUAAUUGGAAAUGUAAUAAUAUUAGUGUAAGGAUAAAGAAUAAUGACAAGGAAAAUGAAGAGGUAUAUAAUAAGGUACAGGAAAAGGUAACAGAAAUUAAGAAAAUUUGUAAAAAUAUCGUGGCAUAUUUAUAUCAUUAUUUAACAUGGUAUAUUCGAGAUUCUGAAUACGAUGGAUGUAUUCUAUUAAAUUUUUGGGUAUACAGUAAAUUGGAAAGUAUUUUUGGUUCUAAUAAUCUUUCUACUAUUCUUCUAGCUUUUGCCCCACUCCAACAGAUAUGGCAUGAUGUUGUUGAUAAACGACAUAACCCUCGCUAUAGAAUAUGUCAGCCAGAUAGUACUACCAUUAUGCAAAAAGAUUGGAAGGAAAGAAAAAAUUGUACGAUUAUUAUGUUGAUUAUCAGAACAUUGCUUUUCUGGCUAACAAAAAUGAUUAUGAUAAAUGCACAUAUUAUGAUAAAAUUAAAGAAAUGGUUUCAUUAUAUGAAUACUUUGAGAGUGAAUGUAAAAAGAAAUUACACAUGUCCACCUUUCUAUGAACAACACAAGCUUUAUGAUCCUAAAAGCUUGUUAUCUAAAUUACAAUGUGACAGUAAACUGGAAGUGACAAAAUUUGGCGCUGCAGGGGAUACCACUUUAUCCAGUAUGCAUGUGGGUUCACAACAUCCACCUCCAGGCCCCACAGAACGACUUCUAAUUCAUACAGUUGAUUUUGCAGAUGAUUCUGAUUCCCAGUUAGGUAGUGAAUAUUCCAAAACUGGAACAAAAGUUACUCAUUCAAUUAUUGGCGCAACUCCAGUAUUAUUACCUGCCACUAUGUUAUAUAGAGUCCCUGGAUUCGUGGGUUCGUUGGAGGCAGAAAAAAUAGUAAGAAUACCAUGGAUGUAUUUUCACCUUAUACACAAGAAACAAGUGAUAUGUUUUCUGAAGACACAGCAAACUAUAUAUCUUAUCAACCUAUAUAAAUUUUAUUAUUAG